UAACAACCUUCAAUCAACACUCCUCCCAUCCAACGCAACCACAAACAACCCAUCAACAACUCAAAAUGUCACUCCCAAUCCUCGACCACUUCGCCAUCCUAGUCUCCUACCAAACCCUCCAAACCGUAACGCACUCCCUUAAAGACUCUCUCCUCGUAAUCGACGGAGGCGCCCACGCAGAUGGCCUCACAGUCAACAAACUAAUCCAUCUCGCCGACGGCACAUAUCUCGAGUUCAUCGCCUUCGUUGAGGGUGUAGACCCCGAGAAACGCCGUGCUCACCGCUGGGGAAACCUCGAAGAGGGGAAAAUCGCAGAUUGGGCUCAUACACUGCCCAGUGAAGCUGAUUACGCUCAGUUGCAGAAGCGCGUGGCCGCUGCGGGGAAUGGUGUUACGUAUGGUGAUCUUACUUCGCUGCAGAGACAUAGGCCUGAUGGGGUUUUGAUGAAGUGUCUUGUUUCGGUGGCGCUGAAUGAGGAGGGUGGGAGGAUUUUUCCUGGGACGGUGCCGUUUUGGUGUGUUGAUGAGACGGAGAGGCAUUUACGAUCGCCGUUUCAGGCGGAGAGUGGUGAUGGGCUGCAUGAGUAUACGAAGCAUCCUUCGCAUGCUAAGGGUGUAUCGAAAGUGACUGUUCUGCUUCCUGAGAAGGACAUUGCGACAUACAAGCCUGUUUACGAUGCUAUUCACAACCAGAAAGCAACCUCUGGAUCGGAUGGAUAUUCAUGGCCUUACGAUCUUCCAGCUGGACCUAAUUCAGGAAGCAACCAGGUCGUCCUGUCGAAACUCGAAGGUGGAAAUGGCAAGGCAGAGAUCAAAUUGACACUUCUGGGCACAAAGGAUAGCCCCAAGUCCAUCGAGCUACUUCCAGGUUUAGUCGUCGAUUUUGAACACACCGAUUAGACAAAACACUUGUUAUUCGGGUAUCUAGAAAGAAAAAGAAGAAGAAAAAACUCCCUAGUCCAGCAUCAAUGCCAAGUCAUCGUUCACUGGUUCGUCUUCCCAAAGAUCGAGAGUUUCCAUAUCCUCCAUUCUCGGACGAUCAUCCCUCUGGAGCUUGACCUUGAAGUUGAUCUCUGAAAAG